AUGACUGGACAACCAAUGCAGGUCACUGCUCCCCAACUGUUCAGGACAACAUCACAUCCAGAUGACAGAAUCAUCUUUGUUGAUGGCUCUCGCUUUUGUUUGGAUGGCACCUAUGUGACAGGGUUUGCUGUGCUUGAUGAGACCACAGGUAACCAGAGCCUUGUCAGGUUGCCAAGCCACUUGUCUGCACAGUGGGCUGAGCUGGAGGCUAUCAAAGAAGCCCUCCUCCUUCAGCCCCAAGGGAAUCUUACUAUAUAUAGUGACAGCUCAUAUUUAGUUCGAUCCCUCACUCUGCCCCUGGACACAUGGAAAAGACGAGGGUUUGUCGACAGCCAGAACAAACCCUUGGCUCAUGUGAAUGUCCUGAAAGAAUUGUGA